AUGGAGUGCAGCUCAAGCUCAUCUUUACUCCUUGCACUCCCUCCCGAGAUCCUUACCAUGAUCUUCGACCAGGCCCCGCUGGUGGACAGGGCCGUGUUAGCCAUGACUUACGGUUUCAACCUCGAGAUGCGAAUGGGAGACCACGCCGUGCUUGGAGUUGGUGUGUCGACUGCAGCAUGUAUCGACCGACGAGACGAGGAUGGUGGAUUGACAAGAUUAAGAAGACUUGGUCUAAAGAGCAAUUAUCUUCUGCUACUCAGGCUAUCGAUUGGUACUGUCGCGGUCUCAAAAGGCAAUGUCCAAGUUGCUGGCUGCAUCAGUGGCCUUGUUCACAACCUAGUGUCAGCCGGGUCUGGCAGAUUCGUGGAGGUCCAACCACAGUUCAAACUGCCCUUUUUUUCUUUCACCAUCGUCAAGCAUAAUGCGAGAGGCGUCACCACGAUUGGCUUCGGAAGUAGAGACCUCAAACGGUUCUUCAGCGAGAAACUUGCGUUGAACCCGGUUGGCCCCGAGCCUCUUACCCUCAACAUUGAACAAGUCCUCUACCAUUAUGAUGCACUUUGUGACGUUCUACGCGAGCGAGCGAAUCACGAGACACGAUUUGACGACACAUUCAACGAGAUACGACUGCUUGUUAAUGAUAUUUUGCUCGAGUCAUUUCUUUACGACGGCCUUGACAUUGACCACCUGCGCCGCCAAAACAUCAUUUCUGCCGAUCUUUUUCAAGAGAUCCAACCCCGCUACAAUGACUUUGGGUUGGAAAUCCCUGAAGAAUGCUUCGAACUCGGAGCGUUUACUCAAGAGAUGGAGGAUGAGUACGAGAGGGUCCAGAAUACCCAGAUCGAGACAUUUGCUCGAAUGGGUAGAGAGGAUCUACUUCGCGGCUUUUGCGAACCUCUUCUGCGGUCAAAGAACACCCGCAUCUUUUACGACGAGGAACUCCUCUAUGACAUUCUCCAAAACCGUUUCUGGGACGCCUAUGAGUACAUGCUGAACGUUAUCGAACGCUCGCGGUUAUUGGAAAGAAAUGCCCGACGCCGUGAUCCUUCCGACAUCACAUACGAUCCCCUAUACAUGGCCAUCAAACUCGGCCACUGCCCUACUGUUCAGUACCUGAUUCAAAACAAACACAAGAACUUUGAAGGGUACAUCAGAGGCGCUGUCAACUACUCAGACCGUCUCUUUACACCUCUCCUAGCCGCGGUCCGAUGGCAAAAAGUGGACGUGAUCCGACUUUUGCUACGAGAAGCGCCUGUGUACUAUUCCAUGCUACCCCAAGCUUUCGAAUUCGCAAAAGAGACGGGAUUCGAUCGCAUGCUAGACGUCAUGGCAGACCUGACAGAAGAGAAUACAUCUACUUUUGCGCACAAGAGCGCUAGAUAUCCGGGGCCGAAAGCCCCUCAAUCACAGAUUAUGGGAGGAUUGGCGCCUUCUAUAACCAUCACUCCAUCACCCUAUGGGAAUAGCAAUGUAUCUGGCAUCAGCAAUGGGCUCCAGGACUUGUCUCAAGGUCAGAUGACGUUGGACAGCCCUGGCCCUUUCCCUCAAUCACCAGAGAUAUCUCAGCUUUUAACUAAUCCCAGCCUCGAAGGUAAGGACCUCGGUUCCUUCGAUUCUGGGAUUGGUAUGGAAAGUUCUUUCGAGGUUCCGGCGACUCCAUGGCCUCCAGCCACUCCAGAUGACCAUACAUCGCACAAGUCUAUUGACCAGCCUACAGAAGCUCUUGGUCAUUUGAGUUCGAUUCCAAUACCUCCAUCCUGGGGUGACAAUAGCCCGUUGCUGGCAGAGGACUCUGAUUUCGAGAAAUCCUUCGGUCAGCCUACGAAGACUCUAGAUCCAAUGAGUUUGACUCCAAUCCCUCGGGAAGUUAAACGCCGGAGGCUGGAAAUAGACUUCAAUUUUGAAGAUAUCUCCAGUCAUGCAACAGAAACUCCGGGUCAAACGAGUUUAACCCCCGUUCCCCAGGACAGUAAGCGCUCGAGGAUGACGAUGAACUUCAAUUUCGAAGCUAUCUCCCGUCAGACUACAGAGACUCCGGGUCAAUCGAGUCUAGAGACGCCCCCUUCAAGCCAAGACUACAAUCGCCCGUUGCCAGUAACGGUCUCAGAUUUCGAAAACACAUUCGGCCAUCUUACAGAUGCUCAGGAUCAAAUGAUACAGAGUCCCUUCUUACUCUCUUUCAACGACAAUGGCCCGGCAACAGGGUUCAGUGUCGGCAAUAUGAUCAAUAGCUUCACAUACGAUGCAGAUGGCUCGAUCGCCCCUUCAGCGUUUCCCACUCCUUCAGCGUUUUCCACACCCCUAACGGAAAACGUUGAAUAUGUGCUACCACCUGGGACUCCUCAAUGCAAAGACGCUCACCCAACACCGAGCAAAACUGAGCUAAUAGAAGAACCACCACGCUCGCCAUACAAAUGCAGGGAAUGUGAAAAGCCUUUUACCACUGUGUCAAACCGCAACAAGCACGAGAAAACGGCAUGCCCGAAUAAGGAUAUACCAGGAUUACCCUGCCGGUAUGCUCAUCUUGGAUGCCCGAAGGCGCCCAAGACUGAGGAUAAUCGAAAAUCCCAUGAGAGAGAUUGGUGCAGGUUCAACCCCAAACGCGGCAAGGUCAAAAGAAAGAAGACGAAGAAGUGA